UUCACUUGUCUCAAUUGAGUUCCAAUGGGGUCGCUGUGUCCAUUUCUUUUACUGUCUAUGGUGCAAACGAAGUCAAACCAGUAGAGUGUGGGAAUGUUUAAUAUAACUGCACAAAAAGCCAAAAAAACAAACAAAAAAACAACUACCAUAUGCAGGGCUGCCAACCUUCGGACUCAGGCAACUGACACUGCACGCCAUAAGACCAUUUUCUCACAGUGUAAAAUAUAUCGCGGUGAGAAGAGGACACUAACAAUGCGUCAACAGACAAGACAGAACAGAAGUUGCAGCAGAAGGCUGUGGAGCAACCUGAGCAGAAGAAAUCCAAGUCGGCUGAAUUUCUGAUGGCAGAAAGAGACUUGAUGGAGGGCGCCGUGAAUCCCGCAUUCCAGGAGGACUCGGAGGAAGAGAGAGAGAUGAGAGGUGGCGAUAGCACGCUUGUAGCUCGGCGACAACGCGUGUGGCUGCAGGCCUCAGCUACGGCACGAGGAAAUGAAGGUGCCCAAAAUUACUUUGACCCCUCGUCGGCGGCGGAGGGUGACCCAAGGCGGUGCAGGAUGUCUGGGGUCGGAGGCAGAGAUGAGCUGGAAUUAAAAUUUAUGAAUGAAGAUGAGAGCAACCUUUAUGAGAAACUUUCCGAAAUGUUUCAGGAAGAAGACGCCUCCACUGUCAUAGAUUUACCAGGAAUGGUGGCAUCUGAGUGUGUUGAGGAUGUUGAACCAGUGGCUGAGGUUGGAUGGAGGGAUCGAAGGAGGGCUGAGCUGCUGGAGAGGAGAGCGGAGGUCAUCCCUCAGUAUCUGGAGCAGCUCAGAGAGCGUGUGCAGAAAGACAUGAUCCCAGUGGGCAAACCCGUGCUGGAACAGGAAGAGCGUUCAGAGCGAGGGAAGACAGAGGAAAAGGUGUGGGCGAGGAAGCAGAGAGUAAUGUCGCUCUUAAGGGGAAAUUCAAAGAUCAGGCACAUAGAUGAGGAGGAAGCCGUUCUGCAGGACAGACUCUACGCUGUGUUCCAGCGGGCGGAGAAUCGCUUGCUGAAUUCUUUGCGUCAACACCAGGCUGAGAUCAUCGACCAAUAUGGAGAAAUUAUUGAAGAGGCAGAAAACACAGAGCCACUGGGCAUCGAAUCUGACCUCCACUGGCAGGUGGAAUGGACUCGGACUCCGCAGCCCAUAGAGGUGCUUGUUUUGUGUCUGAGGGCCGUGAGAGAGAAGCUGCCCAGAGGUCUGUAUUCACUAAGCGUUUCUCUUCAGACUCAACUGGGCGGCCGCAUGCUGCGCUGGUCCCGUUUGCAGGAGCAGCAGUGGGCUGGAAGCACAGAACCCGUGGAACACCAGGGCCGAUAUUGUGACACAGAACUAAACAUUAACCAGAGCCUCUACAUGGUUUUACCUGCGUCAUGUGAUCUGUUGCCAUCCAGUGUGCUAGUGUUCAAGCUGUUAUCUCUGCCUGGUGAUCACAGUCAUGUGAGUUCUGUGGUGGGCUGGGGUGCAUUUCCCAUCUGCGACUGCUCCCUUCAGCUCUUCAAGGGCAAGUUCAAGACCCCUCUCUUGCGUGGCAGGCCAAACUCCUCACUCAACCAAUUCCGCAAAAUUGAGCAUCUGCUCUCCACUGACCUGGACCACUGGCUAUGCAACCUCUACUUCCAGGUGAAGAGACUCCCGCGGGGCAGCACCAGGGUGCCGGAGCGCAGCUUCACCCUGCAGAUCCCCUCUCACCCCCAGCUGAGCUCCAGCCAGGGGCUUCCUCCCCACCCGGACACCUCCACCCGCUCCUCUGCCUCUCUGCCAGGUAAGAGCCCCACCGGAGCUGUGUCAGCCUCUGAGCCCUGCAACCAGACAAACCAACCCGUCACUGAGAAAACCAAGGCCGGAAUUCAUAGCAAGAGCGGCAGGCAGAAGAAGAUAAUCGAGAGAAACAGUGAGGCGCUCAAACCUCUCCCUAAAGAUCAGCUGGACCAGUUCACCUUCUCUGUGCGAUCUCACCGACACAGUUUGCACAGGUCUGCCCCUGUGUGUUGCGGGACGGCUGAGAGAACACGCCUGGCAGUGCGUCUCCUACCGUCACUACUCGAUCUGUCCUGCCGUCCACGUCCUCAUCUGUCUCAGAUCAGUUUGAGCAUUUUCCUGUUCAGUGUAAUGUGGUUUCCCCGUCUGUACCUGCAUUACUGCAGCCAGUGGCUCUUUCUGCAGGCUCAACAAAUCCCUAUCAACAGAUUUGGGUUGGGUGUGCACACGGUGGAUCUGGUCUAUCAGGGUUCGCUGCUAUCUACCCUGGAGGAGGUUCUGCUGGUGCUGCUGGGCCCCCUGACCUUGAAUGCAGCUACGCUACUGCUGCUCCUGAUCAGAUGGGGCUGUCAGCUAGCGUUUGGCUCACCGCCCUCCUUCCUGUCAAAGUUUAUCAUGGCUGCGGCAGUGUGGACAGUGCUGGACCCUCUGGCGGUCUUCGCUGUGGAUGCCGUCCUGGGGCGGCUGUCCUACAGUGCAGAGGAACCGUUAGCGGAUGCUGCCAAGCUUUACUGGCAUUUCUUUCGGACGGAGCAGUCGGGUACAGCAGGCAUCAUCAUCACACUCUUCCUGUAUGGCGUCCACUGCAUCCUCUCCUUCACUUUUCUUUAUGUUUACUUCCUCAGACUUCACAGUGAUGGGAGACUGUUAGAUAUCUAUCAACGGCUCCACAGCACUGAGGGAGCGUUCUUUGUUCCACAUGAUAUGGAGGUCUCCAACCAGGAGCUCAAUUACAUUGUAAAGAAGGCAGAGCAAUGGAGGGGCUUCAAUGGAGAGAGACGCAAGGUGGCAGUGUAUGACUACAUCUGGACAGAGGAGGAGCCUUUGGGAGGAUUGGCACCACCUGUAGGCAUGCCCGUUACAGGAUGUGAAACAAGCACCCAUAUAUCCAUCUACACACUGCACUUGAGCGGCCUGCGCCAACAUUACAGACACUUCCUAAGACAACCUGAUGGAGCUAUUAUAGAGGUGAUGGAUGAUUGUGACAGUAAAGAGUUUCAGAAGUCAGAGUUGCAUGAGGAACAUGAGAGGAUGAAGAGUGUGACACAUCUCAGAGUGAGGAAGAGGAAAAAAGCUGCCUGGCGAUCGCACAGGGUUGAGCCUCUUGGAGGAAGUGCCUGUGACUCAAGUAAUGGAAUUAAAGAGCCCAGCCCAUAACCUCAAGUAACCACACAGAAUAAUAAAUAAAUCAAAUUAAAUGCCUUUCUAAACCCAAGGGUGCUUUACAGUACAUUUGCAUAUAUACACCUAUGUUUCUCUGUUAGGACACAUGUAAACUUGAGGGGAACUGACUAAAACUCUACAAAGCACCAGAUUUAAAGUAAUUUUCAAAUAAAAUUCGAAGAAAACAAAACAAAACAAACUUUGACAGCAUUUGUUUGCAGUUGCUACUUGAUAUUUUGUACUAAAUGCAAUGACACAGGGUUCCUACGCAGUUUGGAAAAGUUUGGAUUUGAGUAAUUUCCAGGUUUGAAAAAGUAUGGAAAUAAGAAAGCAGAGUAUGGAAAAAUAUUUGCAUUUCCAGACUAUUGCCCCUAUUUACUUUUAUAUAAUAGAAAAUUAAAAAUGUAAUGAAAAUAAAUGUAUCAUACAAGAAGUGUGUUUUCAUGGCAGCUGUGUAGUGAAUCUUUAGUGAUUGUCAAACAUGACUGAAUGAAUUCAAGGUGCACUUUUCAUUAUGCAAAAAUGCAGGUUUAUAAGCUUUUGGGGUUUAUUCUCAUGACAUUCUUAGCACUCUAAAAGGACCUUUGCAAAAAUAAAAAAUAUAUAGACUUUCGUGUGCGCACAAGAAACCAUUAAAGGUGCCCUAGAAUUAAAAAAUUGAAUUUACCUUGGC